GUGCCCGGGGGGCUGGGCCGCCGCUUUGGGAGCCGGUAGGUGACGGAGAAGGCGGCGGCUUAGCGGGCGCCCGGCGCCCCGGGGCGCCGCUCAGGCAUGACCCGCGCCGUGCUGCUGGUGCUGGCGACUUGCGCCUGGCUGGGCCCGCGGCCGGCGCGGUGCCAGGAGGCGCCGCCGCCGCAGACCCCCGACUGGCGGAUGAUGCUGAAGACCAUCCGCAACGGAGUGCACAAGAUCGACGUGUACCUCAACGCGGCGCUCGACCUCCUGGGCGGCGAGGACGGCCUCUGCCAGUACAAGUGCAGCGACGGAUCAAAGCCCUUUCCUCGUUAUGGAUAUAAACCAUCACCACCGAAUGGUUGUGGAUCCCCUCUGUUUGGAGUUCAGUUUGACAUCGGUAUCCCAUCGAUGACAAAGUGCUGCAAUCACCACGACAGAUGCUACGAUACUUGUGGUAAUACAAAAAAUGAUUGUGAUGAGCAGUUUCAGUCCUGCCUCUCCAAAAUUUGCAGAAAUGUGCAGAAAACGCUUGGAAUCUCAGAGCGUGUCCAGGCUUGUGAAUCAACUGUUCAGCUGUUGUUUGAUGUGGUUAUACAUUUAGGAUGUAAACCAUAUCUGGAUAGCCAGAGAGCUGCAUGUAUGUGUCGUUACGAGGAUAAGACAGAUCUCUGAAAGAAGGUACAGAGAUUUCAUGGUGUAGAAUAAGUCAAAGACUCAUCUGAAAUGAAGCAAGUGUUUGGUUACAAAGUUUUAUGCUUUUCAGACAGUAAUAUAUUAGACACUGACAUGAAUAUACUGGUUUGAAAGUCACUGUGAUAUUCUUCUAAUGUAAAAACUGAAACAACUCUUCUUUCUCUUCCCUUUAUGCCAGAAGCUUGAAACUGUAGUUAGUUUCCUUUGGUGUAUGUCCACUCAGGGUAAGCUAUUUUAAAACGCUACUUUAAGAUUUUGAAGAAAACUCCACAAUAGGGAAAUCAGAGGCGCAGAAGAGUUGUAUUGAAUUCUCAGAUGACUUUUAAUAUAGGUCACAUUUUAGGUUUGCUAGCAGUUGAUGCACCUGAUAGAUCCUGCUUGUGGUACAGUUGCCUUCAGUUCUCUCUGAUGGAUUUUGUCCCAUGGAUUUGUUACUAAAACAAACAGAACCAAACAAAACCCCCAAGCCCUGAGCAAGGGUGUACAUCUGCACAACGUAUUUCUACCUGAUUCUACAUCAACCUUACUUCUGCAGGACUUUUCUUAUCAAAUAUGUUGAUCCUUUUAAGGCUUGGCCACUGAAAUGAAUGGUUUGCAACCUAAGGAUACACUUUUAAUUUGACAGAAUGGUGGAAUGUAGUUAUGUUAUUUUAAAAAUAAAUCAAAUGUUUAUUUUUCAAAUAGAACUCUUUUUUUUUUUUGUUAUGUAUUAUAUGCAUAGAAAAUAUACAUUGUUAAAGAAGUUGAUUUAUAUUUUGUCUCGUGGCAGAGCUUGGUUACUGUAUUGAUCUUUCAUUUAGUCCUUUCUGAUAAAACCUAAAAGUUCCACUGUUAGGGUCAGUAUGCCAAAUAAACCUUUUUAUUUAAAAUGUCCUCUGCAAGGCUGAUGGAUAUUUGAGCCUGUAUUUGUCAUCUGUUGCCAUGACCUCUGUGAGGCUGAGAAACAUCUGAGCCUGUACUUCAGCCACCUCUUUGCUCUCUGACUUCUUCAGCCGAAAUCACCUGAUAUCUGAAGUAUUUUGGGUUUGUUCCCUGUACUGAUCUUUCGUUGCUUACCUCCAGUUGUCAGUCCUUAGUUAACUUUUGCAGUAGGCCCUCUGUCAUGAAAUCCUGCUCCCUUGAUUCUGCUUUAGAAAUCCACAGGAGGACUGAAAUUGAAAAUACUGUGUCUGCAAGCAGGGAGUGGAAGCCAUGCUAAAAGCCUAAAAUUUGCCAGACUCCUCAACUGUAACAUGAUUUCUCCUCUGGAAGUACUUUAUAUGUUUUUUCUGCAUCAGUUGUUUGUGGGUUGUCUUGUUUUUCGCUAGGGCUACUAGGCAGAAAAUUAACUCUUACCACAGCUGAAACCAGGACAGCUUACUGUACAUGACAGUGAAUGCAAGUGCCUCAUAGAAUAAAGUUCCUGCUAAAGU